AUGUCAUAUCAACUUUAUUUACACCGUAGCUUUGAUAUUCAAUUAUCUCCUGUGGCGGCGGCGAUUAUUGACUGGGCACCUACGCGUCGUGAUGGUCAGGUGAGUUCUGAUUUAUCGUCUGGUUUAUCAUCCUCAGGUGAGUCUACAAAUACCAUGGGAAAUAGAAAAGGGAGUAAACCCGCUCGGGAUGGGGAAAAUGAGGACAAAAUGGGGAAGUUGAUGUCUCGCUCACAUGCCGUGGAAAGUCCCUAUGCGACCGGUAGCAGCGAAACUGUGUCUUUGGAGGCAACUCAGAAGGCACAUGGUCCCACAGGUGCCUCCAUGCCCGAUGGUGGCCCACGGGAAGUGCGAUCCAGCCACAAGCGUAUGUAUCCUUGGUUGGGCCAACGUCGUUUGUUUUUGUUGAAUUCCUACGCAGUGGUGCCCUUGGUUACACGUGGGAGUCUCAGCUUGAACGCAGGACUGUUUGCGGGUUUUGGUGUCACAGGUGGCGCCUCAUCCCCCGCAUCCUCCAUUGGGACGUCAUGUGUCUCACCGUCCACUGGGCGUGCCUCCAUUUACGCAUCGGACGUGCUACAGCUGGAGUGUAUUUGGGGUCGGAUGCAGUGGGCAGGUGUGUUCAACGUUGUCUGCUUUUCGUGGCCAUCGGCAUCGUUGCCUCUCUGUGAAUUUAUCGGCAUGACUCCCAGAACGGAUUGGUCGAUGCAAGUGGAUCGACUGCUCUUCAACUGGAGUGGUUUCUGCCGCGUCUUUGUUCGGCGUGGACGUCAUUGUCGUCGGGAUUCUUUGAUUUCAUUGAACUCCCCGGCGGAUUCGGCCCUCUCGUCUCAUGGCGAUGUGAACGCGGCACAGUCGUGUGCCGCGAAGAACAAUCCGCCACCGACACCCCCGGUAACUUUGACGUCACGUGGGGACACGGCAAUUUCCGGGCAAGAUGAGCACCACGCACACCCGCGUGCUGUGAAGAGUCCCCACAGAACGGAACGCCCGAGGGCUGCUGCUGAUAAUAAUAAUAAUAAUAAUAAUAAUCAAACCUACAACAAGAAUAAUCAUCAUCACCUUACUGAUGAUGAUGAAACUCCACCCGAUAGCGACGGAGGCCAAAUCUCCAAAAGACGUAAGAGUCGCGACACAACGGCAUUGAGUCAUCUGGCGAGGAAAAGUUCUCAGACCACCUCACACGGCGGGGAAGGCUACAGGUGGUGGCGUCUGGAGGAGCUCCGAUGCGGGGCAGGCUUGGCCGUAAAAAACGACCUAGCGAGUGGUGUGAAUUUGUACUGUGGCUGUAGUGCUCACUUUGGUAGGGCGUUAACUGUCUCUACGCAUGUGGACGUGCUUCGUCGCGCGUGCUGCUCCAUCACAUCCACCACAAGCUCUCUCGAUCUGGCCGCACGUCUGCGAAUGAACCUCAUCACCUGGCACCGCACCGAGUUGGACUUCGGUGUUGGCUGGCGACCGUUCAAACAAGUCUCUGGCCUUACCUGUCGACUCUCUCACUCCAUGGGCCGUACAUCUGUCGGCAUCACCAUCAAAGAUGUUGGCACUCAGUACAAGCUUUUGCGUUGCAGCCGGUGUGCCAAGAGAGAAGAGCAUGAAGAGCGCCAGGAGCAGGAAGGACGAUCGUGGCCGUGGCGGCGACGUGACUCUCAUGAUGACAGCAUGUCACAGGAGAAUGUUGGGGGAACGACUUCUGUUCCGACAUUAUCCACGACAUGGUCCCUGUCGGACUGGUACGACCCGUACGUUGGGUGGGUGUGGCGGUUGGGUGGAUCGAUUUUCAGCUCCGCUUCACUCUCCUCUUCACCUUCUGCCGCCUCUCCCGCGGAAGGUGUGGCGGCGCAUGCCCCGGGCCUCCGCAAACGUCUGUCGCAAGCCAUGCGAGCGGGUCUUGACUACGCGGAUGCACUCUCUCGUCAGACAGAAUUUGACCUUACUCUGGGUCUGGCUGAGGAGCGAAACUACUCAAGAAAACCGCGCUGCUUUGUUGUUCUCUCAGCUCAUUAG